CUAAUAGUGAGUCUAAAUUUAUUGUCUUAAUGUGAACUGUGAUGCUUUCCUUAAUAGUAAUUGUACAAUUGUUUCGUUGUUUGUAGUCUUAUGUACAUUGUUUUACACGAAAUCGGUGAUUAAGCAGGAAUAAAUACAUGACAAGGGAACUUGAAUGAAGUCACAAGAUGCCAUUUGGACUAAGGUUCAAGAGGACACGGCGCUAUGACAUCUCGUCAAAGAAUGCCUUCCGUGUGGAAGUUCAAAUGCUUGACAACUCCAUUCUAGCCUGUACUCUUACCUCUGACAGUACUGGACAUGAAUGCCUUGAUGGGAUUGCACAGAAAAUAGAACUUCAGGAGUUACACUACUUUGGCCUGCGCUAUGUGACAAAGAAGCUCCAGUUUCGCUGGGUGGAGUUGGGUAAGGCGUUGAAGAAACAGCUGGAGAAAUAUGCUCAGUCAUCCUCUUCCCAUUCCCAGAGAUCACCCAGACUCUACUUCGGCGUCAUCUUCUACAUUGCCAAUGCUCAUAAGAUUGUUGAUGAUGUGGCAAGAUACCAGUAUUACCUUCAGCUUAAGAGUGACAUUGUCGACGGCCGACUGCCACUAACAGUUGAUCAGGUCAUAAGACUGGCGGCCUACAGUCUGCAAGUUGAGUUUGAUAACUAUGACCCAGGGAAAAAUGCUGCCGAUUACUUCACAGACAACCCUGUGUUCCCUAAGAAUUUGACCCGGGAUAGCCAGAUAGUUCAGGAGUUGAUGAAUGAGGUUCUGCAGGUGUACAUGAGCUUGCAUGGCCUCCCCCCGGUCAAGGCAGAGAUCCACUACAUGAAGGAGAUACAAAUGAUGGAUGGAUAUGGCAUGGAGUAUUAUGUGGCAAAGGAUGAGCGGGCUAAAGACCUGUAUCUGGGAACAUCAUACACCGGAAUAUUUGCAAGAUACCUUGAUGAGCAGCCACCUAUAUUCUUCAGAUGGACAGAGGUCACAAAACUUCAGCAAAGCAAGAAAAUGUUUGAAAUUGACACAGCCAAGAGCUCUAUGCAUUAUCAGAUGGAGGAUUCUGAUACUGCUAAAUACCUGAAGAGAAUGUGCCUCUUGCAGCAGAAGUUUUACAAGUCAACAAAACUAACAUUGGGGGCAAGUUUAAGUGACCUUGUGGACUCCGAUAACAUAUCUGGCACCCUUACUCAUCACAACGAAAUGUCAGUAGAUCUGUUGGCCCAGAGUCAUACAUCUCUGCAGUCUUUGAAGUAUGAGGAACAAAAGUAUGAACAAGAUUCCAGAUCGGCGUCCGUGAAUACAGAUGACUAUUAUAUCCAAUCACAACAGAGCCUCAGUGUGUCCAGCCAGGAACUCCUGUCCGGAUCUCAAGAUGGUCAGGAUCAGUAUCGACGAGCCUCUUCUGCAUCCCUGGCUCAGUAUCAACAACUACAACAGCAACAGCAGCAGCAGUACAUGGAUCAGCAGCAUCAGGCUCAGCAGUAUAUGGAGACUGAGAGUCAGGUUGUAGACCACUCGACUGACACAGACUACGCAAAGCGCCAAGUCCACCUGCCUGCUUAUAGGCAAGCUCCAUCAUAUGCCAUGGUUAUGGAACAGAAGAUGGCUCAAAUGGGUCAAGCACAGUCUCAGCAUGUCUCCAGCAAUCAAGCACUCCAGCAUGAUAUUAACCAGAAUAUUCAGCAUGCGGAAAUCUAUGUGCAUUCCGAGCAAGGGUUAGCUUACAGUCAACCCAAUAUAAAUAGUCAUGCAUACAGUCAGCCAGAUAUAAAUCUGCAAGCACAACAGGCUGCAAAUUUUGCGACAGAAGGUCAUUAUCAGAUGCAGGGGACACCAGUUAGAAAUUAUCCAGGUCAUUCUGUGUCAAUGUACCCCAAUGUGUAUCAGGAUCAUGGUGAUUAUAAUGUUAAUUACGGACUUGAGCGACAAACUAACUUAGUUGUGCAACCCACCUAUAGCUCCCCAGAGCUGACUACGCAAGGUUUGCCACAGGAUUACACAACAAAUAUGUUCAGCAUGGAUCAGAGUUACAUGUUCCCAUAUAAGCCUCCGCCUCCUUAUCCUAGGGCAAGUAACUCCACGCCUGACUUAGCGGCUCAAACUGCGUCCAGAAGUAUCGGUGAUAGUCCGGAUCUUAUUUCCAGGAAAACAUUAGGCGUUUCUGCCAUGAGCAGUCAUACAAAUAUUGAGCGAAGUGUUGAGAAUCUCGCAGACAUCAUUCCUGAUGGUGUACAAAUAUCUGAAGGUACCAGUCAGCCUAGGCGUUCAAAUAUUGGAGUCCAUAGUGAAACUGAUGAUGCAUCUAGUGAUCACUCAAACUCCACAUUUCAUGUGAAAGAGACUGAUAGCGAAACUGAAGAUUCCUUUGUACGCUCCAUUCCACAAAGGCAAAGUAGCCAGUCAAAAGUCACUGUCCGCUAUGUGCCACCAAAUAAAGCUGUCACUCAAUGCACAUCGAAAGACGUUGCGACGCGAAGGGAAAGCUUCAGGCGAAUGAUGAUAGCAAGGUCUGGUUCUUUUACCCCUGGUGUUCUUAACCAAAACUCACAAAGACUUAUGCAUACAAAUCGAUCAUUAAGAGCCAAAGAGAAAAACAAUAUUGAGGAAUCUAUUUUGGAAAUUAGUAGGACAUCUAAGAAAAGUCCUGAUACGAAGGAAACCAAAGACCCUGUUAGGGAAAAUGUUAAAAAUGUUUUAAAUAAAGUUGCACAAAAUGCUGCAAGAAGUGUUGAAAGCAAUGGAGUCAUUUCUCCAGCUUCAGGUAGAGAGGUUUUACGAAGCAAGAGUGACACAAAUAAGGCAUUUAACAAAGUGAAAGUUGUUCAUGAAAAGUCUGUCUCAGUAGAUAGCAGUCAAGAAAGACAACAGUUGUUAGAAAAAUUGAAAUACAGUGAACCUGAGGUAGCCACUAUCAGCGAAAAUGAACAGUUAUUUGCCUCUCGUGAAAAACUUGUUGAUUAUGAUGAUUCAGAUUCGGAAACAGAAGUUCCUGAGUCGCCAAUUGGUCCACUGAAAUUAGCGGCAAUGAAUGGGUUGACCAUGUCACGCCCCAUGGUGUUGGCAUUGAUGAAUGAUGAGACGCGAGCACCUAAGGAUGAAAGGAGAAAAAUCUUAGAAAGAAAGCUAUCAGAUAAUACUCUGUUCAAAGAGUUUGAAGAAACCCCAAAGAGAAUCCAGGAAUACAGCUGUGAUGUUGCCAGACUACCAGAAAAUGCAUUGAAAAACAGAUUCCGAGACGUCUUGCCUUAUGACUGCACGAGAGUUAAGCUGAAUCUAAGGAGAGACAACUCUUGUGGAUACAUAAAUGCCUCUCACAUCAAGCUGACAGUGGGAAGUAGACUAUGGUGGUACAUUGCUACCCAGGCACCUAUGGACAACACACCGGUUGACUUCUGGCAGAUGGUCUGGGAACAGGAGGUGGAAGUGAUCGCCAUGCUUACAGCGCUUAUGGAGUUGGGUCGCCCAAAAUGUUAUCCAUACUGGCCCCAGGACCCAGGCCCAGAACACAAACUUGUGUUUGGUGAUUAUGAGGUCCAGCUGAUGUUUGCCAAUGAUUCAUUGUGCUACAUUACGAACCUGAUCAGCCUGCGUCAUGUGCCCAGCAAGAAAGAACGCCAGGUUUGGCACCUUCAGUACACUGACUGGCCAGACCAUGGUUGUCCAGACGAUAUGUACGGAUUCCUAGGUUUUCUAGAUGAGAUUGAGUCAGUGCAGAGAUUGGCGGAGUCAGAGGAGGGAAGUGGGAAGAAAUCUCCAGUCAUUGUUCACUGUAGUGCUGGAGUGGGGCGGACAGGCGUCGUCAUACUUACCCAGAUCAUGAAAACUUGUCUUGACUGUAAUCAGGAGAUAGAUCUACCUAAAGCACUCGCUCUGAUUCGUCAGCAAAGAAUGCACAUGGUGCAGACCCUUGGACAGUAUGACUUCAUCCACAAGACACUUAUACAGUACCUGAAAAACACCAGGCUUAUCUAGCAACAUGGAUCCGACAUUGUACAGAGUGUGGAUUUUAGAUCUUGUAUGACAUGUUCUAAUGCCCUUGUACAAUUAUUGGUCAACAUUUAUUUAAAAUGGCUUCCUAUUCAAUAAUAAGCUCUAUAGACACUUUGACGGGCAUGAAGUCUGUUGGGAUAUGUGGUGUUUUUUUAACUUCUAUCUUAAAUUUUUAAUUGCUAAUAAGCAUGAAAUAUUGAAAUACCGUAGUAGUUUCUACUGCACAUAUUUUUGUCUCUAUAUUAGUAAAUUAAGAUUAAAGCCACAAUCAUAUUCAAGGAAAUUUCUUAAUAGGAACUGUUUUUUGUGUUCCUUUGUAAAAGAAGCAUUUAAUUAUAGAAAUAAAACUGAUUUUAUUUAACUGUCACAUUGAAACAGGGAAAUUUAUUUAAUUUACAAAACGCAAGUUAUUAUUUUACAUACAUGUAACAAUAGGCAGUCAAUAAAACCCAUAAACAGUAAUGAAAUAAAAUUUAAAUUUGUAAAGAUCUCAACAAUACUAGACUAUGCAAAAACUAGGUCAUUGCAUUGGGUUUUGUUUGAAAAUGCAGACAAUCAACAAUAGCAUUUACCAGGGUAGGUUAAAGUAAGUAAGAACACCGUACGAAACUCUUGAAUGGUUGUUGCCUUGGACUUUCCUGUGCCAUCUUUGUUGUGUAGAUGUAUAACAUGCUGCUAGCUAAAGCUUUAAUAAAGUACUUCUGUUUGGAAAUGAACUUGCUUGACAAUUAAAACAAUGAAUGAUCGCCAUUUUACACUGAUGUGGCAGUUGAUUUGUACUGUCUCCUUAGCUAAUAAUAUGACAGGAAAAUGUUAUUUUUUAGAUGUUUAUAAACGUCACUAUGCUUGUUAAAUAUGCCAAUGAACCUGUGAUACUGGCCCAAAUUUCUUGAACAAUCUUGAAUCCCCUAUCAAGCUAAGCACACCGUUUUAGUUUUGGUAUAAUUUGUGUAAUAUUCUCAUUUUGAAGAGUUUUGACACUUUUCAAGAAAAUUAUCUAUAUGAUUAUCACAAUUAAUCCUUAUUUUGUAAAAACUAGUUUAAGGAAAUAAUUUGGCUUUAUGAAUGAAGCUGAUAACACUUAAGAUUUCUCAAGAAAUUUGGACAAACGACAACAUGUUAUCAGUAGUAAGUCUGAUUGCUUUCAAUUAUACAUGUAAAUCAGUUCAUCCUUUAUUUUGAAUGCAGUUUUUGCAUAUUUCGAACGCCGUUUUUGCAUAUUUUGAACGCUGUUUUUGCAUAUUUUGAUAGCCGUUUUUGUAUUCAUUUGUAUAUCAAUUAAUACACUUUUCUUUUUUUAAUACAAGAUGUUACUGGUGUACAUUUUCAUUGCAUUUGUUGUAUAAAAUAUAUUUUACCUACAUGGAUGGUAUUCCAUUCUUAACCCUUUUAACAAGCAAGCUUAUGGCAGUAGCAGAGAAAUCAUAUUGAUGAGAUGUUUGUAAUUAAUGUGUUGUGUAAUGUAAUAAUGUAAGUUUUACAAAUUUAAAUUUGGUGCUUGUUUCAUAGCAAAUCAACUUAAAAUAGGUGGUUGUGAUAUAUUUGCCUAAAUAAUUGAUUUUAUAAACUGCGCUUUGAUUUAUCUGAAUUAUGAAUUGUUAUUUUUUAAGGUAUAUGGAACUCAAUAAUGUGAUUUAUUGAUGCUUGGUGACCCCAUAUUAUUUUGGUAUUAUUUGAAAUAGUUGGGAUAGAUACUCAUUUGAGCUGUAAUUGUAUUUCUAAAGGUGCACUCUUACUCACAGAUAAGAUUUAUCCUAAAAAAUAAUAUUGAUUUAUAUUCCAAAAAGGAUGAAUAAAUGUCAAAAACAAUUGUUCUUAUGAAGGAUACCGAGUUAAUUUUGAUAGAAAUGAGCAUUAAACACAGUAUUUAAACCUUAUGAGACUAUAGUAAUCCACAGUAAAUAUUUUAGCAUUCACCAAUCAUUUAAUAUUUUUGCGCUUUCUGCUAUGAAAUACACAGUUAAUAAUUUCCAUAAAUACAUUAUUUAAUAAGUAGUUAAAGGUUUAUCAGUCAAAAUUGAUGUUUGUUAUAUAUGUUUAUGUAUUGAUUUUAAAUAAGAGUGUCACUUUAAUCUUUUUGGCAAAAUAGAUCAAUUUCUGUCACAAUUUAAUUAUAUAUUAACAAUUGAGCUUUAAUUUGAGUUUCUGAGGCUGUCUUAUCAACCUGUCAAAGUUUCAUUCACAUUUCACAUGGAAUUUAUUUGUUUCAUGUCUGACUCUAUAAAACAUGAAUGUGUUCUUUAAGUCAAAUGCCUGUAAACUAAGACCCUUAAAUCUUUGAUUUCAGCAAUAUCUUGUCAGUGCCAUGAAACUAAAAUGAGUAGCUUGUCAUUACUAACAUUUAAAUUAUUUUCAGUGCAAUAAUUAUGUCGGUCAGUUGUAUGAAAAAAUGCUGCCUUGCAAGUGUGUUUGUGUUUAUGCUUACGUUACAUUUUGACAUCUCAUAAAUGGCAAUUGAAAAGUCAAUAAAAACAUGCUUUAAGCUACAAUAGACUUUGAUUAACAUUCUGUGAUUGGCAAAGCCACAAGUGCCCCAUAAUAGAGACAUUGUGUUAUGUAGGAAAAGACCAAUGUAUUGUGGUAAAAUUGCAUGAAAACAAGACAUCAUUUAGGUUUUAUUAUAACUGACCACAACUAUGGUUAAUGUCAUGUUAGAAAUGGUCAUGAUAUUAAAGAUGACAAAAUAAUACAUGUAGACCCAACCUUUUCUGAUGGCAUGUUGUAGCUCUUAACAUUUAGUACAAAAUAUAGAAUAGCAAAUACAUCGAAGUUCUUAACUUAAAGCUGCACUCUCACAGAUAUACUGUUUUUACAACUUUUUAUAUUUUUUGUCUUGGAAAGAGCAAAUAUUUGCGCGAGUAUUUGCAAACAAAUGAUAAAAGAUUGUUGACCAAAGAUCAGAUUGCAGAUUUUCAUAUUUCCGUUCAAAAAAUAAUGUUAUAUGGCUUAAACCGUUACUAACGGUUUAAGAAAAAUGCAUAAAGCAUCAAUUUUUCAAAUUAAAUGUAAAAAUCUGCGAUCUAAUUUUUUGUCAGCAGUCUUAUAUAGCUGUGCAGGUUUCCAUGGAUUUUCGCAAAAAUUGGCUCGUUCCAGGGCAAAAAAUAAAAAAGUUGUCAAACCGUUCAAUCUGUGAGAGUGCAGCUUUAAGUUAAGGAUUAGAAUGUUAUUUACCCAAGUCCCAAUUUCUUGAAAUAUCUUAAGCAUAUCUGGUUUAAGUAUUUAAUUUCAGUUACUUGCUUGAACUUCAAUAUAUAAACCGAAUUAUAGUUCAUCAUGAUUGUUUUUUAAAAAAUUUCUCAAAGCUCUUUACAAGUAGAAAUGAACACAAUUUAUACCAGUUCAACAAUUGUGCGAUUAGCUUGAUCCAGUUAGAAGGAACUUUUUUUUUGAGAAAUUGGUGCAUGGUUAUUUAGUUUCUAGCUAAAAAUGAUUAUUUGAUUAUAAUGACUGUGAUUUAACUGUAUUCCUUUAGAAAUGAAUAUUUUAUUUUGUAAUAAAAUCAAUAUGAUUAUUAUAUUUUUAUACGGAUAAUUUUUGAAAAUUAAAUAUUAUGCAUUUCUGUACCCCUCUUUUUGAAAGUAUAAAUAAUGUUUAUGUGAUUUUUGGAGGAAAUACAGGUUUUGUUGCAUUAUUUUGUAUGAUUAAGCAAACAGUUUGCCUACAUGAGAGUAUGUGACAUUGACAAACAGAAAUGACUACAAUUUUUGUCAUAGCAAUACUUGUGUUGUUAACUGGCAUUUCACUAGUCUGUAGACAUUGCCCUUCCUGAAUUUGAUUUGUGUUUCCCUCCUAUAAUUAUUUCGUGAUUUCGUUUUUAUAUUGUCAAUAAUAAACCAAAGUAUUCUCUAGUCCAUAUAUUUAGUUAUUUUUAUUAUUAACCUUCAUCAAUUUAUGAAACUACAUAUUUUUGGAAGUAAAAGGAAGCAUACUGUAUAUCCACCAUUAUUGUAUACUGUAUAUCCACCAGUAAUGUAAAUGCAUUACAUGAACUAAAUAACCAUUAAAUCAGAAAUCUUUGUAAAUCACUUACAUAUUAAGAAGCAUGCAGCUGCUCAAAUGACUAAUAAAUGAAUAAAUGUUCAAGUAUUUUGUGUUCCUACAUGACAUUGGGCCAAUUGUUCAGGACUUCGUUCAAGAUAACAAAAAGAGAUUAACAGCAUCAUUGUUAACUUUAAAUUGUAAACUAUUUAAUGAUGAGCUCACAUAUUUGGAUAUAAACAAUUACAGCUGAAACGUUUUUCUCGAAAUUUGUUAAUAGCAAUACUGCAGAUCACAAGUAUAAACAUUAAACUUCCAGAGCAGUAACAAAGUUAACAACAAUGAUGUUAACAAUGUUGUUAAUUUUAAUCGUGUCUUAACAAUUGGCUCUAUUGUUGCAUCAUAAGCUAUGCACUGCUUUUCAUGCCAUAUGCUAAUUUGUCCACUGUGUUGAUGUCUGACUUCAGCAACUUAACUAUUUAAAAAAUAUAUCAACUGGGAAAUGCUGGUAAUAAAUCCUGUGUUAUAAUGUCAAUGAUCUGAACAUUUUUGUUUCACUGUUAAACUAAUAAUUGUUUAAUUCAAACUUCACUUUGUAAUUAAAUUAAAGACAUGUACUUCAA